AUGGCUAGAUCGACUCGGCUAUUGAUGCUGAUCAAGAAUGCCUUUGUCUGUCUACUGCUGAUUGGGGCGGCCAGCGUGACGGCCAAGCCUAAGCCAGGUGGUGGCGGCUGGUCCUCAGGCGGCGGCGGUGGUGGCGGUGGCGGCUGGUCUUCGGGCGGUGGCGGCGGCGGAGGACAUGGCGGCGGCGGCGGCGGCGGUGGCGAUGUGCAGGUGAUCAAGGUUAUCACCGAAAGCGGCGGUGGUGGCGGUGGCGGCGGCUGGUCCUCCGGCGGCGGCGGCGGCGGCGGUGGUGGUGGCUGGUCUUCGGGCGGUGGUGGCGGCGGACAUGGAGGCGGCGGCGGCGGUGGCGAUAUAAAGCUCAUUAAGAUCAUCAGCCUGGGCAGCGCUGGCGGCGGCGGUGGCGGACAUGGCGGCGGUGGCGGCGGCGGCUGGUCCUCCGGUGGUGGCGGCGGCGGCGGCGGCGGCUGGUCCUCCGGCGGUGGCGGCGGCGGCGGCGGUUCUACCAAGGUCAUCAAAAUCAUUAAGCUGAGCGGCGGCGGCGGCGGUGGCGGCGGACACGGCGGCGGCGGUGGCGGCGGCGGUGGCUGGUCCUCCGGCGGCGGCGGCGGCGGCGGUGGCUGGCAGCCAGCUGGCGGCUGGGCCUAA